UCUGCAUGUACUUGCAAAGAAAAUCCUUAAAAUUUGGGCAGAGGAUGUCCUGAAAUAUACUGAGCCAGGCAGAUGCUUGCGAAUCUCUCUGUUUUCACCAUGGUUUUCUUUUUCUUUUUUCCCCUGCGGUUUUUCAGGAUCAUGACGAAGCUGCUUCAGUGGCUCGGCUCUCUGGCCAUUCUGGGUGGCAUCUGGGCUGCGUUGAUGCUGGAUCUCGUGGGGCAGCACCCCUUAUCCCCAAGCUGGCACCAGGUGCUGUGGCCCUUGCCGAUCUACCUGUUGGUGACAUUCGGCUGCUACUCACUGGGAGUCGUGGGCUACCGCCUGGCUACCUUCAACGACUGCCAAGAGGCCUCGCUGGAGCUACAGGCGCAAAUCCGAGAGGCCCGAGCCGACCUCGCCCGCCGCGGCAUGAAGUUUUGAACCCGGGGCUCUUGCGAGAACAGAAAUGACCCAUGGACGAUAAACGACGGGCGGCAUAGGACGGAACUGUUUGGGCUGUGGCCUGGUGGGAGAAUCCAUCUAAGAAAAAGAGCUGCUUCUUUUUAAAAAAAAAAAAUUUUUU